AUGCCCGUGCCGUCGCUCCAUCCGCCUGCCGGGGCAGAGCCGCCCCCUGAAAAGGUGGGGGUGGUGCUGACCCGUUCGUCCAAGGUGCCGUCUGACCAUGACCCGCCUGCACAGAGGGGGCCGUCGGCACCAGCCACCCCAGAGAAGGAGGUGGUGCCGGCGCCUCCCUCCUCUCCGAUGUUGGAGAACGACCUGCCUGCCAAGGGGCCCUUGGUUCUCUUCUGGCACAGCAGUGACCAGCCCAGAGUCCUGCAGCAGCAGUUCUCGGAGUGGAAGUGUGACUCAGCAGUCCCACAAGACACAGUCUGGCACAGCAGUGACCAGCCCAGAGCCCUGCAGCAGCAGUUCUCGGAGUGGAAGUGUGACUUAGGAUUGCCACAAGGCACAGACCGAGGCUGGACAUGCUGCCCAGAGGGCUGGAGAAGGUUUCAAAGAAGCUGCUAUUUCCUGUCCCUUAAUAGGAUGAACUGUGCUGAGAGUGAGCAGAACUGCACUGGGAUGGGCUCCCAGCUGGUGGUGAUCAACAGCAAGGCAGAGCAGGAAUUCCUCUCCGAGCAUAAACAAUCUCCACCAAGAGAGAAUUUCUACAUUGGUCUGUUUACGUACAAGGAGGGCCAGUGGCAGUGGGUGGACAAGACUCCAUAUAAUGUGACAGCAGCGUUCUGGCGAAAAGGACAACCGAAUAAUGGCCUUCUUGAGAACUGCACUGUAAUCCAUAGUCCUGAAAAAACUCUCAACAACUGGAAUGACAUCCCAUCAGACAAGGAGCGUUAUCGAAUUUGUGAAGCUGCAGCAGUAACUGUGUGAUGGAAAUACCCCUGUCCUGAGCAAAGCUGGGAGCUGAGCAGCGAGCUGGGAACAGCACUUGCUGUGCUGGGAGGGGUGGGGAAUCCUGACACAUCUUCACUGUGUGGGAGGGGAUCAUGUGUGUGUGUAAGUGAAAUGAGCUUUUUCCAACAUCCCCAGUGUAUGGGGUGGCUCAGGGAACACAGGAAGGCUCAGGCUCCUUGUAGCAUGUGCUGUGUUCUUGUGUCCUCUUCUCUCUGAGAGGGUCCAGGAGCCUCUGAAUGAAAAGAGAUGGACUUGUCCAGGAGGAAGACACAGGAAUGGAAGGCAGAUAUGCAGAGAUUCAAUGUCCUUGAUCUCUUUGAGGUGUUUGCUUUCUAUUGAGUCACACACAGAAUGUCCUCUGGCUGUCCUGGUUUUUCUGAAGAAAUUCUGAAAUCUUAGACAAAACAAAAUACAAUGAAGAAAUACUCUGAGCUUUGUCUCUGUAUCUCCUUUUCCCCCAUAUCUAAGCUGUAGAGGUAUUAUCCUAGAAUCAUGGAAUGGUUGUAUGGAACAUUU